AUGCGCCAGCGACAGCACACCCCCGACGCGUCAGCAACGCCGGUUCUCCUGGACCCGAAUGUGGACUUGAGCGAGGAGUGGCGGGCGAUGAACACCGAAUAUGGCGGGUACAGCAGCGAACAGCCGCCGCGCACGCUGAGCGAGUUCCGCGAGCAACUGCAGCAAGCCAGGAAAGCUAGAAGCAAACGCAGCCUCGAGUCGGAGGAGGAGGAGGACGCCUUCUACCGCACCGUUGACGGAAACCCCAAGGACUAUGCCCUCCGCGUCGUUUUUGACUGGCUCUGCCCGGCGAACCCGACCAAGGCGCGUCUGCGUGUGGAGCGCAUCUACUGGAUCGCAUGGAAGCAGUUCCUGUACGGGUUUUUCAUGUCUGGUGUGGGCACAAUGCUGAUGUUGGUGGGCAUCGGGUGUACGGCACAGUAUUGCGUAGAAAAAGCGCGUGGUGUGGGGGUGAUGCUAGGGGCUUUUCUGCUGUGCGUUCCCGGUUACUACUCCCUGUUCGUCUUGUACAUGUACGUCACGUGCCGCGGGGGGUAUACCUAUUUGCAGCUACCGGAGGCGUGA